GUUUACAACCAAAUACAAUUGAAAACAUACGAAAUCUCGAAAGUGACUCACCCCUGAACCUUGCGGUCGUAAAAUUGCGUUAAUUUAAUAAUUAGUUCUCUUUCUUGGGAGAUUAAUCUUUGUUUAACUAGUUGUUCAUAGCACUAAAAUAGUAAUCCUUAAAAGGAUCUAAAACAGGAAACAAAAUGUCAGCAAUGGAGAAACACUUGUUUAAUCUUAAAUUUGCAGUAAAAGAGCUGGAACGUAACGCCAAGAAGUGUGAGAAGGAAGAAAAGGCCGAGAUACUGAAGACAAAGAAAGCCAUCCAGAAGGGUAACACAGAGGUAGCACGGAUUCAUGCCGAGAAUGCAAUCCGACAGAAGAGCCAAUCGCUGAACUAUCUGCGUAUGAGCGCCCGUGUCGAUGCAGUGGCCAGCCGCGUUCAGACUGCGCUUACGACGCGCAACGUUACCAACUCAAUGGCAGGCGUCGUCAAGGCAAUGGAUGCGGCCAUGAAGGGUAUGAAUCUGGAGAAAAUAUCCGGUCUAAUGGAUAAGUUCGAGUCACAGUUUGAAGAUCUGGACGUGCAGAGCUCGUACAUGGAAAAUACCAUGUCCCAGACAACGACCACGGCCGUGCCGCAGAACGAUGUGGAAUCGCUAAUGCAGAGAGUAGCUGAUGAAGCUGGCCUUGAACUCAACAUGGAACUCCCAUCGGGACCAUCUUCGAUUGCGAUCGGUGCCUCAACGCAAGCAUCCACCGAGCAGGACGAACUAACGGCACGCUUAGCACGUUUGCGACAGGCCGAAUAAAGUGUUUGCCUUCUGGUUCAGCCUGCUGUGAACUGCCCGCAGUGCAUUGCGUUGUGUUACUAUCACCAUGUAUAUUUUCUCUUCCCAUUCAAUGUUCUGAAAACCCAGUUUCCGCAACACUAAAGCCAAUGGACGGUGUCACCUUUUUUGCAAAAAAAAAGUUCAAUAUGCUUUGAGUAAUUCUCAUGAUUAUUCGUUAAAACAAAGUAAUAAAUAUUAUGACCUUGGUCGAUGAAAUAAACCAUGGUACGCACGCUUCA